AUGUGUGCUCAGGUGGGCGGGUGCAAUGGCAAUGGCAGCAGCGCCAACCGGACAGCCCGCAACUGUGCUCCCUUCCCUGUAGAUGGUCGGAAAGAGCUCCAAUGCAGCACCCCGGUGCCCCCUGCUGCAGACCGAAUGUCGUCAAGAUUUGAUGUGUCGGCAAUUUAUCCAAAUGUCAAGAAGCCAAGUACCCUCCUGCAGGCUCCGUACUCCAAGAUCAUCUGUUCAGACUUGAACCGAAAAUUAGGACCAGGCACCUACAGAACGGACUAUGGAGGAUUCAGUUCUUCAGCCUGGGAGAAAAGGGGUUCCAACUCUAACUGGGCAAAGGCAGAAGAAGCGGCGAGACUCACUCAAAUGCCACAUUUUAAUUUCAAGGACAUAUGCCACAAAGAAAAGGUUCUGAAACAAAAACUGGGGCCUGGAACUUACAACUACACAGAUUUCCUGGAACUGCAGAAAAGGCGUCCGCACAGCAUUAGAGGCAUAUGUGACACCGGAGAAGUGAGAUUCAAAGACCGCAUCAGGGAAUGUUACCCUGGCCCAGGAAACUAUGGGAAUCCUUAUGCCCUCCUGGAAGAAAAAGAAAAACGCUCAUUGACUGCACUUGGAAUCAUGGACAGCAAAACGACAAAAAUCUUCGCCUUUCCCCAUACGGGAAGCGGUCUGGGUCCUGGGACCUACGAUCACAAAAACGGCAUGGAUGAGGUGCUCAACCGAUUGGUCAGCACAAGAGGCCCUUAUGAAACCUUCACAGGAGACAGGUCCAAGCCUAUCAUUUGUGGGCAUUACGCUACUGAUAAAAAACCCAUUGAGCUGAGCAGCAUCAAUGUAAAGAGCUUCCUGGAAGAAUUUAAAACAAGGGAGAAAAAGAGGCAUGGCGUUUUCAGCUCCUUUGCGCGCAAUCCUGGCUGCCCAAGUGAACGGAUCUUCUGGGCCACCGUUGGCCAGUGUCCACGUGAACAAUACACAGCAGGGCCAGGGUCAUAUGACAUAAAGCCUAUCACGAGAACAGAAUAUGGAAACCAACCCCCAUUCUGGAUCGGUGCAAAAAGAUUCGACAGGAAAGCAUACCGUCUCUUUUUUGGAAAUGCUAACCCAGUUGGAGUUGGCCGCUAUGAUACCACAAAGCAUGAGAAAUACCCAAAGAAGCUCAGAUACCGUUCAAUUUAUAUGAAUGAUGCACAACGUUACCUUAGUAAUCUGGAAAGGGACAAGUGCUUACAGGCGCGAAUCACUCCUGUUAAUAAAGGCCACUGGAACAACCCACCAUCUGCCUAAGCAGCCAUC